UUUGCGGCUCUGCAGUUACCAGCAGCAGACUCACGCCUGGCUGUUGCAGGAUGGAUUUCGCUACCGCACUGCUAUGUGGAUAUUUGUUAGCAAUGACGGAUGUGGAAACUACGUAUGCAGAUUUUAUUGCUUCAGGAAGAACCGGUAGAAGGAAUGCCAUCCACGAUAUCAUCGUGACUUCUUCGACCACCAACACCUCUGAUGUGUCCCUCAAGCUAUCGGACCUUGAUAUCAACAAGCCUGAAGGAGAAGGCGAUGGGCAGAAAAACCCACCAGAGCAAACUGGGGGGAACCAGGGGGGAGCGCCCAAGCAAGAUAGCUAAUGUCUCCCCUGGCCCUACAGACACAGCUGCUGACGUUCUCACCCUUCAAGGCCUGACUGGAAUGCAUGUAUUUCCAUAAGUAAGAGGAGAGGAAAGAAAAAAAUGGCUGUUCUGCAUUGCUGAAACCUGCUCAUUGUCCUAUUAAAAAUAGGUACACAGGCUAAAGCAGCUGCAGACAGACUUUUCUCUACCUCUGUCAUUAGCAGUGGUUGAAUUGGCAUGGCUAAGCUUGGGACAUCUCCAUCGGAUGGAUCCUUUCACCUGAUCCCAUGAUGAAAUGCUUGUAGAGAGUAGCACGAACAGAUGAUGAUUCUUCCUGUAGUAAAAUGGCCCCUCAUAAUGUCAGAGGAUUUAAUUGUGUUUAUUUGCAAAGGGUUAAAGUGAUCCUCAGAGCUCAAAAAAAAAAAUCUCUGGCCAAAGUAUUCUCCCAGUAAAAAAAAAAGAAUCAUAAAGAAAGCACUGUUUUUAGAACCAUGUAUUUAUGUUUUACAGCUGUUAUUUACAAUGUUGUUGUAUUAUAUGAUUUAGAUGCUCAACACUGCCCCCUUUGCUUAUGGAGAAAAAAAAAUUUAUGUUACUGUGAAUUUUUCUACCACUUAUUUUUGAAAAGACUUUCUCUCCCUCUCCCCCUCCCUCCCUCUCUCCUUUCCUGUCUCUCCCUACCCCUUUUAU